AUGUUAAAAAUGGAAAAUUCCAAAAUCUCUUCCCUGAUUAUUUGCUUUGAAGUUUCAACAACUCGAUUCUACUUUAUUCCUACCCUGUGCAGAUUUACUAUCAAAAUUCUCCUUCUUUCCUCCGUUUAUCUGCAAAGAACCCUAGGGAGAUAGUUAAGAGUUUAACUAUUAUGUCGUCUAGGCGUCACGUUCGUUACAGUCCUUUAGCCACGGAUGAAGAUGAUGGGAAGGAUGGAAGGCGUUAUGACCCGAGGUUUGAUUAUUCACCAAAUGCCUUUGAUAGAGUCCCGUGGAAGUCCAUUGCCCUUGCAGUCUUUUUGCUUUGUCUUGGAUGCUUGCUUCUUUUUCUUUCGUUUUUCAUCCUCACUGGGCAUAUGGGAGGAGAGAAAUCACAGGCCUAUGGCCUUUUAGUCCUUGGAAUUCUUACUUUCCUUCCAGGUUUUUACGAGACUCGGAUAGCUUAUUACUCUUGGAGGGGUGCUGCAGGAUAUCGCUUUGCUUCCAUUCCUGAUUAUUAAGAUAUGAUCCUUGAGUUGAUUUGUGCCCCGCCUCUCU